AUGGUCUCCUCCGACUGCUGCUCCGUCAACUUCCUCCUCCUCCUCUACACCGACGGACUCCUCCAACUGCUGCAGUGUCAACCUAUCCGCAUGGCCUCCUCCUGCAAUGAUGACCACGACAUCCUCCGACCUCCUCCACCGCCUUCGGCCUCUUCCACCUCCUGCCUCCUGCUCCACCUCCGGCCUACACCUCCUCGCACUCCUCCUCCUCCUCCUCCUCCUCCUCCUCCUAUCCGCAUGGCCUCCUCCUGCAACGAUGGCCACUGCGUCUUCCGGCCUCCUCCUGCACCUCCUACACCGGCGCAAAGAGGACACCACAACCACGACUCACGAAUCCCUUCGCAAGUUCCCGACUCACAACCCGCCUAUGACACCAAGGUGGCGGUCACCCCUCUGCCGUCCAUCAAUGGGCAUGUGGCUGACCUGGUGGCUCAGGAGUCCGACACGAUCAACCUCGACGGGCCACCUGAGAAGGCUUGCGACCCGCCUGAGAAGGUGACCGCCGGCAAGACAAAGAGAGGCGCCUUCGCUGACGAUGAUCUGGUGGCCUUCACCAACAUGACUAUUGCUGUGAAGGACGUCGCACAGGCCAUUAGGGACAACAAGCCCACGGACAUGCACCCUGACAUGUACAAUGCGGUCAUGGACAUGCUUGGCUUCUUCGAGAAUGAUCUCAUGGCCGCCCUGAGCCACCUCGUCGACCACUAG